UUAUCCACUGCGCAUGCGUGUAACAUUCAACAUGUCUGCGCCCUUCAACAAUAUGGUGAAGGGGCGAUAUUUCUCAUAACAAACCUUGCCGGCGAGUUAUCAGACUGUCUUCAGUCAAUUCAUGACGGGAUACAGGUUCGUUACAGUCGCGCCGAUGUUUACUAUAACAGGUUAUUCCACGUACGUCCACUCAUUGACGUUCAUGGCGACGUGAAUCUCACAAUCUUUGACAUUUCAUCUGAAUCAAGUGGUGCUCGGUGUUCAACACGUAUGCCGAAUCAAAACUUGCCUGUUUUAAUUAGAGGAUAUGCAUUUUCAUAGACGUUAAAGACGCACCUACUAUUUGAGAAAAGGGAAUAUUAAGAAAUGUGAAUGAGGUUUGGUUGAGUUCCUUCCGCAGGGGACAACAUCGUGUGGAAGUCAGGUCGUAUGAGGAGGCGUCUGUGCUUUACAUUCAAUCUUCACACCGGAUCUGCUCACACACACACACACACACACACACACACACACACACACACACACACACACACACACACACGAUGGCUUUCAGAAGAGCAGUGACCCUCCUCCUCACGGGACAGGAGUGUGUCUUCAGCAGGCUGACGCGUCCUUUUCAAAAAUCACCAAACCUCAUCAGCAAAACAGCCAGAUUUCACGAGCUUCGCCGCGCGACCACCAGACCUCUUCACACCGGCGCACCGUUGCUGGCGGCCAGGCUGCUGUCCGUGGACGAGCUCUUCGGCCACAGGUCUCUGCGGGACUACCUGAAGAAGGUGGAGACGGAGUACAGCGACUGUCUGAGGGCGUUGAACCGCGGUGCAGUGGAGGAGGAGGUGGAGGAGCAGCCGUCGUGCAGCGAGGACGAGCUGAGGGCCAAGAGGAGCAAAGUGUCCCAGCUGGCUCCUCUGGUCCAGAGCAUCAGAGAGCUGGAGGCCAAGAGCCAAGAGCUCGCUGAGACGGAGGUGCUGCUGAAAGAUGAAGACCCAGCGCUUCGAGAGCUGGCGGAGCUGGAGAGAGACGGCUGUUUGCAAGACAUCCAAGAUCUUCGACAAAAGGUCCUGGAUCAGUUGAUCCCAGAGGAGGAGGCUGAUCUGAGCGACCUCAUACUGGAGGUCACAGCCGGUGUUGGGGGUCAGGAGGCCAUGCUGUUCACCGAUGAGGUGUUCGACAUGUACCACGGCUUCGCUCAGCAUCACGGCUGGUCCUUCGAUGUCCUGGAGCACGUGACCAGCGAGAUAGGCGGACUUCGUCACGCCUCGGCCAGUAUCAGUGGCCCCCAGAGCUACAAGAGGAUGAAGUUUGAGGCCGGGGUCCACCGAGUGCAGAGGGUUCCCAAGACGGAAAAACAGAGCCGAAUGCACACCAGCACCAUGACCGUGGCCGUGCUGCCCCAACCCACCGAGAUCUCUUUCACAAUAAACCCGAAGGACCUUAGGAUCGAUACCAUGAGGGCCAGCGGAGCCGGAGGCCAACAUGUCAACACCACAGACAGUGCAGUCAGGAUAGUCCACCUGCCCACAGGCGUGGUUGCAGAGUGCCAGCAGGAGCGGUCCCAGCUGAAGAACAAGGAGAAAGCCAUGAAGGCCCUGAGAGCCAAACUGUACGGCAUGAAGCUGGAGGAGGAGACGAGCAAACGCUACAACCAGCGUAAAGUGCAGAUUGGCACCAGAGGCAGAUCGGAGAAGAUCCGGACAUACAACUUCGCCCAGGACCGCAUAACUGACCACCGGAUCAGCAUGACAGUGCACGACGUCCGGGGCUUCCUGCUGGGAGAGGAGCUGCUGGACGAGAUGAACUGCUCGCUGCAGGAGUUCUCCAACCAAGAGACGCUCAUGGAGCUGCUGGGAGAUAAUGACCAGGACCAGGAGGCUUCAUGAGUCUUUCUCCGCGGAUUUUGUGGAACAGAUCUUUGCUACAGUACAUACAUUAUGUGAUGCGCUGUAGAUCACUGCUUCAAAUUCUGCAGGAAAAGGAAAAGGGACCAAGAUGGUGUAGAUACAGGCAGCCACCUGUAAACUAUUCACACAUCCAAGCCAAUGAAAGGACUGCACUCUGGAGUGACUGUAAAGUGUUGGAUUUGAACAUUAGCAGUAAAAAUAAUGACUAUCUGAGAGCGAUGAGAGUGUCUGGCCACCAGAGGUGGAAUGUAAUCAAGUACCAAGUGCAAUUUUAAGUACCUGUAAUUUACUUGAAGGGCAUUUAGUUAAAAAAAAAAAUGAGAAAAACAUAUCUGAGCUUCAUGGUGCACAAACUAUGUCUUGGAGACAGUUUAUAAAUGACUUCAAACAUGUAA